AUGGCCGAGUGCCGGCUUUCCUCAGCAAACGUUCAUGCAAUCGUGCAGCAGCAGAAGUUCAGAGAUUAUGAGGAAGAAAGAGAAAACCAAACUCUGUCCAAAUUCAUCAUCUUGGGAUUCUCCAAACUAAAUGAUUUGCAAUUUUUACUCUUCACCAUCUUCUUUCUGACUUAUAUCUAUACUUUGGGAGGAAAUAUCUUCAUUAUCCUGGUGACCAUGGCUGAUCCACAUCUGCACACCCCCAUGUAUCAUUUUCUGAGGAAUUUGGCCUUUCUCGACAUCUGCAACACCACCACCAACGUCCCGAUGAUGGUGCAUCCCCUGUCAGAGAAGAAGAGCAUGUCCUAUGGGGCAUGUGAGGCACAACUUUUUGCACUUAUUUUCUUAGUAGAGUCAGAGUGUGACCGUUACAUUGCAAUCUGCAAACCUCUGAGGUCCUCGGUGAUUAUGAACAGGGCCCUGUGCAGCCGCUUAGCCGCCUCGUGCUGGACCGGGGGUUUGCUCAACUCAGCCUUCCUUUAUGCUCUGAUGCAUUCUGUCCUGACUGCACGCCUCAACUUCUGCCACUCUCUGAAACUCCACCACUUUUUUUGUGAUGUGAAGCCCCUCCUGGAACUGGCCUGUGGUGACACGCAGCUCAAUCAGUGGCUUGUUUCCAUCAUAACAGGUGGCAUUUCCAUGGGCGCCUUCUUCCUGACUCUUCUUUCCUACUUCUAUGUUGUUGGCUUCCUUCUGUUUGAACAUCAGUCCUGCAGCACACUUCGCAAGGCUCUGUCCACGUGUGCUUCCCACUUCAUGGUGCUGUGUCUUUUCUAUGGGCCUGUGGGCUUCACAUACAUCCGUCCAGCCUCAGCCACUUCCAUGUUUCAGGACCGGAUGGUGGCCAUUAUCUACAGUGCAGUCACCCCAGUGCUGAACCCACUGAUAUACACUCUUAGGAAUAAGGAAGUGAGGUUGGCUCUGAAGAAGAUGUUCAGAAGGAUGUAUUGA